CGGCUUCCGUCUUUCCUCGGUCUUGUCUCUAUCUGUAUCCUCUCAACUUGGCCAGCUAGAGCUGCACUUGAAUGUGGCCCUACUAGCCUUUAGCUUGCUAACGUUACCAAAGCAAAGACAAAUACACCGCGGCUGGCAAACGGGGUGUGGUUAAAGUCUUGCCAGAAGAUGAAUGUCAUCAAAGACAACAAAGACUUGGCCUGUUUCUACACCACCAAACACUCCUGGAGGGGAAAGUACAAACGAGUCUUCUCUGUGGGCACUCAUGGCAUUACCACGUACAACCCCGCCACGCUCGAAGUCACAAACCAGUGGCCGUAUGGGGACAUCUGCGGCAUCACCCCGGUGGGAAAGGGCCAGGGCACCGAGUUCAACCUUACAUUCCGCAAGGGCAGCGGCAAGAAGUCUGAAACGCUCAAGUUCUCCACAGAGCACAGGACAGAGCUACUCACAGAGGCACUGAGAUUCAGAACAGACUUCUCAGAGGGAAAGAUAACUGGCAGGCGCUACAACUGUUACAAGCACCACUGGAGCGACACGCGGAAAUCUGUGAGCCUGGAGGUGACCCCGGGGGGAAUCGACCAGAUUGACUCCCAGACCAACCGGGUCGUGUGCUCCUACGACUACCGCUCCUUGGAGUGCUUUGCUGAGCUCAACGACUACCAGGGGGGCUUCUGCAUCCUCUAUGGGGGCUUCAGCCGACUGCACCUGUUUGCGUCAGAGCAUCGGGACGAGAUCAUCAAAAGCGCCAUUGAGCACGCGGGAAACUUCAUCGGCAUCACUCUGCGGCUGCGUAAGGACCCGCUGACCUUCGAGGACUUUGUGACGGACCGACUUGGGAAGUACGGCUCGGACGAGUGCAUCACCUCCCUGGCAGAGUUCGUGGUGCAGAAGGUCUCCCCGCGCCACUCGGAGCCCGUCAAGAGGAUCCUGUGCCUGACAGAGACAUGUCUGGUGGAGAGAGACCCAGCCUCCUACAACAUAGCCACCAUCAAGCCCUUUGGAGAGGUGUUUGCUCUCAUCUGCGAUGCGGAGAACCCCCAGGUGUUCGCCGUAGAGUUCAUCAGAGGCCAGAUCAGGAAGUACUGCUCUACAGACAGGGACUCCCUAAUGGCCAGCCUGCUGGAUGGGGUGCGUGCGUCGGGGAAUAGGGACGUGUGUGUGAAGAUGGCCCCCACCCAGCGGGGCCAGCGCUGGGGCCUAAUGAGCAUGCCCGUGGACGAGGAAGUGGAGAGCCUGCACCUCAAAUUUCUGGCAGCACCCCCUAAUGGAAACUUUGCAGACGCAGUGUUCAGAUUCAACGCUAACGUCUCCUACAGCGGCGUGCUGCAUGCAGUCACCCAAGACGGUCUGUUUUCAGAGAACAAGGAGAAGCUGAUCAGCAACGCCAUCUUGGCCCUGCUGUCCCAGGAGAGUGAGCUGCCGGGCCUCAACGUCGAGCUGGAGAGCCACUUUCACGCCAUCCGACGCCUCGUAGCCUCCAAGGCAGGUUUCCAGGCCUUCACACAGCUGCCCAAGUCUGGUCAAGGGUCUGGAUUCACAGAUGGAACGUUCCGGGAGAAGUUGGGGGUGAAAACGGUGAAAGCUCUGAAGAGGAACAACAACGGAGUGACACACGCCGCCGUAGACAUGCUCUGUGCUCUUAUGUGUCCGAUGCACGAUGACUACGACCUGCGUCAGGAGCAACUGAACAAGGCCUCACUGAUGUCUUCCAAGAAAUUCCUGGAGAACCUUCUAGAGAAGUUUGUCAGCAACGUGGAACACGGCACAGGGGCACUGGUGAUCAGCUCGCUGCUAGACUUCCUGACCUUUGCCCUGUGCGCCCCCUACAGCGAGACCAGCGAGGGUCAGCAGUUUGAUAUGCUGCUGGAGAUGGUGGCCUCCAACGGACGCACCCUCUUCAAACUCUUCCAGCACCCCUCUAUGGCCAUUGUGAAGGGAGCAGGCCUGGUCAUGAAGGCCAUCAUUGAGGAGGGGGAUAAGGAGAUAGCCACUAAGAUGCAGGAGCUGGCUCUGAGUGAGGGGGCACUGCCCAGACACCUACACACCUCCAUGUUCACCAUCAGCUCAGACCAGAGGAUGCUCACCAACAGGCAGCUAAGUCGUCACCUUGUGGGCCUGUGGACUGCAGAGAACCCCAUUGCCAUGAACCUCCUCAACAGAAUACUGCCGACGGGGCUGCUGGCAUACCUGGACAGCCUUGAUCCCGUCCCGGAGAAAGACGUGGACAGGAUGCACAUCCGUGACAACGUCAAGAUCGCCACGGACCAGUUUGGUUGGCAAAAGGUGCCUGACUGGCAGCGGGUGGCGGGCAAAGCAGCCAAAGAGGUGGAGAAGUUUGCCAAGGAGAAAGCUGACAUUGUGCUGAUGCACUGGAGGGACAAGAUGGGCAUUGCCCAGAAGGAGCAGGACAGAAAUAACCUGAACCCCAACCAAAAGCCUGUCAUUCUGAGGAAGAGGAGACAGAGGAUCAAGAUUGAAGCCAACUGGGAGCUCUUCUACUACAGGUUCCAGUUGGACCACGCGCGGCCCAACCUCAUCUGGAACCUGAAGACACGGGAGGAACUGCGGGACGCUCUUGAGGGUGAGAUGAGGGCCUUUGGUGUAGACCGCGAGCUGGGCAACGCUAGCGUCAUUUCCUGGAACCACCAGGAGUUUGAGGUCAAGUACGAGUGCCUUUCGGAUGAGAUAAAGAUUGGUGAUUAUUACCUGCGUCUGCUGCUGGAAGCGGAUCAGACGGACGAGUCGGGGUCCAUCAAGAGAUCGUAUGAGUUCUUCAAUGAGCUCUACCACCGUUUCCUGCUCACACCCAAAGUCACCAUGAAGUGCCUGUGCCUACAGGCCCUCACUGUCGUCUAUGGGAAGUGCUGCAAUGAGAUUGGCCCCUUCACUGACACCAAGUACAUCAUGGGCAUGCUGGACCGGUCUACAGACAAACUGGAAAGAGACAGACUGAUCCUUUUCCUUAACAAACUCAUUCUCAACAAGAAAAAUGUGAAGGAGGUGAUGGACUCCAAUGGAGUUCGCAUCCUAGUGGACCUGCUCACCCUGGCCCACCUACACACCAGCCGAGCCACCGUCCCACUACAGAGCAAUGUGAUCGAGGCCGGGGCGGACAUGAAGAGGGAGAGCGAGAAGGAGUGGUACUUUGGGAACGCAGACAAAGAGAGGAGGGGCCCCUUUAGCUUCGAAGAGAUGCAGGAAUUCUGGAACACAGGCGUGCUGACGGCCAAGACGCGGUGCUGGGCCCAGGGCAUGGACGGCUGGCGCCCCUUGCAAGCCAUCCCCCAGCUCAAGUGGUGCCUGCUGGCCAGCGGGCAGGCAGUGAUGAACGAGACUGACCUGGCCACGCUCAUCCUCAACAUGUUCAUCACCAUGUGCUCCUACUACCCCAGCAGGGACCAGGACAAUGCCAUUAUUCGUCCCUUACCCAAGAUCAAGAGAAUGAUCAGUGACAACACCUGCCUCCCUCACAUUGUCCAACUGCUGCUGACCUUUGACCCCAUCCUGGUAGAGAAGGUGGCCAACGUGCUGUACCUGGUGAUGCAGGACAACCCCAACCUGCAGCGCCUCUACCUCACCGGCAUCUUCUUCUUCAUCAUGAUGUACACCGGCUCCAACGUGCUGCCUGUGGCCAGGUUCCUGAAGUACACUCACCUGAAGCAGGCCUUCAAGUCAGAAGAGGCCAAAGGAACAGACAUCGUGCAGCGCAGUGUUCUGGGGCCGGUCCUGCCCGAGGCCAUGGUGUGUUACCUGGAAAACUACGAGGCAGAACGCUUUUCCGAGAUCUUCCUUGGAGAGUUUGACACGCCAGAGGCUAUCUGGAGUAGCGAGAUGAGGCGGAUGAUGAUAGAGAAGAUUGCGGCCCACCUGGCCGACUUCAGCCCACGGCUGUACAGCAACACGCGGGCCCUCUACCAGUACUGCCCCAUCCCCAUAGUCAGCUUCCCCCAGCUGGACAACGAGCUCUUCUGCAACAUCUAUUACCUCCGGCACCUGUGUGACGCCAACCGCUUCCCGAACUGGCCCAUCCGAGAGCCCGUGAAGCUGCUGAAGGAUGCCCUGGAGGCCUGGAAGAGGGAGGUGGAGAAGAAGCCUCCCUCCAUGUCUGUAGAUGAUGCCUACGAAGUCCUCAUCCUGCCCAAGGGUCAGGGACAGCAUGAGGAGAGUAUGAUCAGGAAGGCCUACUUCAGACUGGCGCAGAAGUACCAUCCGGACAAGAACCCAGAGGGCAGGGACAUGUUUGAGAAGGUGAACAAGGCCUAUGAGUUCCUGUGCACCAAGUCGGGCCGCAUUAUUGAUGGCCCCGACCCUGAGAACAUUAUCCUCAUCCUCAAAGCCCAGAGCAUCCUCUUCAACAGACACAAACAAGAACUGGAACCUUACAAGUACGCCGGCUACCCAAUGCUCAUCAAGACCAUCACCAUGGAGACGGGUGACGAGCAGCUGUUCUCCAAGCCCUCCCCCCUGCUCCCAGCAGCAAUCGAGCUGGCCUUCCACACGGUCAACUGCUCUGCCCUCAAUGCUGAGGAACUACGCAGAGAAAGCGGCAUUGAGAUUCUGUUGGACGCCCUAUCCCGGUGUGUCGCUGUUUUAACCGCUUCCAGCAAGUCUGAUGACAUGGCUGUUCAAGUGUGUGGCCAGGUGUGUAAGUGCUACAGUGUAGCGGCUCAGUUUGAGGAGUGCCGGGAGAAGAUCAUCGAGCUGCCCAACAUCAUCAGGGAUCUGUGUCACAUGCUCUACUACGGGAAGGCUCUCCAGCGGACAGCGGCACUGGCUGUGCAGUGCGUCAGCUCCUUCGCCGUGGACUACUUCCUGCAGACGCACCUGUACCAUGCCGGCGUGCUCUGGCACCUCCUGGUGCACCUGUUCAACUACGACUACACGCUGGAGGAGAGCGGCGUGGCAACCAGCCAGGACACCAACCAGCAGGAGGUGGCCAACAGCCUGGCCAAGCUCAGCCUGGUGGCCCUCAGUCGUCUGGGGGGCUACGCCCCGACACCCCCACCCCCUGGAGAGGGAGGUGUAGUGGAGACUAACGGGGUGGAGGGGCAACCCCCGGAGAAUCCUACAAUUCGUAAGAGCCUGGCGGCCAUGCUCACACCCUAUAUAUCGAGGAGGUUAGGGUCGGGGGCACCGGCAGAGGUAUUGAAGCUGCUGAACAGCAACUCCGAGAACCCUUACCUGAUCUGGAACAACGGGACCCGGGCCGAGCUUCUGGAGUUCCUAGAGGCCCAGCAGGAGGCCAACAUCAGGAGGGGGGAUAACGAUGAGAGCUUUGGCUCAGAGUUUGUGUUCAGUGACCAUGGUAAAGAGCUUAUCGUGGGCGAGGUCUUUGUCCGCGUCUACAACGAGCAGCCUGCCUAUCCUCUUGAGGAUGAUAUCCCAAGGAAAACACAACUUCUUCACAAGAACAAGGAACACAAGUACCCCAAGGUAUUUGCAGCUAGCCUGCUGGACUAUGUGGGCUCCCAGGCCCAGUACCUCACCACCCUGCUGGCCAUGUCCCAGAGCAACAAGGUGGAGUCCCAGCAGCACGCAGAGAGGCUCCACUGGGCUGAGAUGGCCCUGGAGGCCUUGCGCAACGUCAUUAAGAACAACCCAGGUUCGGAGACCGAGUGCAUCGGCAAUUUCAAGCUGCUCUUCUCCUUGUUACGGGUUCACGGGGCUGGGAAGGUACAGCAAAUAGCUUUGGAGGUUGUGAACACAGUCACCUCCAACCAGGAAUGUGUGGCCAACAUCGCUGAGUCCCUGGUGCUGUCCAACCUACUGGUGCUGCUGCACUCCUUGCCUUCCAGCCGGCAGCUUGUACUGGAAACCUUGUACGCCUUGACCUCCAACACCAAGAUAGUCAAAGAAGCUAUGGCUAAGGGUGCGUUGAUCUACCUACUGGACCUCUUCUGUAACUCCACCCACCCCCAGGUGCGCUCCCAGACGGCCGAGCUCUUCUCCAAGAUGACCUCAGACAAGCUGGUUGGGCCAAAGGUGCGUCUGACUCUGAUGCGUUUCCUGCCCGGCGUGUUCAUGGACGCUAUGCGGGACAACGCGGAGGCGGCGGUGCACAUCUUCGAGGGGACACAUGAGAACCCCGAGCUCAUCUGGAACGACGGCUCUCGGGAGACCGUCUCCACCACCGUCCGGGAGAUGAUGCUCGAACACUUUAAGCAGCAAAAGGAUAAUCCUGAUGUUAGCUGGAGACUGCCAGAGGAGUUCACGGUGGCGUACGGGGCCGGGCAGGGUGAGCUGGCGGUGGGCGGAGUCUUCCUGCGUAUCUUCAUCGCUCAGCCGGGCUGGGUGCUUCGGAAACCCCGGGAGUUUCUAGUGUCCCUCCUGGAGACCAUUACUGAGCUGUUUGAGACUAACAAUCCCAAUGGUGAGGCCCUGGAAACAGUUACCACAGCGGCGGUGUGUUUGUUCAGCACCCAGACACAGCUGUGUGAUCAGGUCCCUCCCCUGGGACACCUGCACCGCAUCCUGGCAGCACUGACCCACAAGAACAACGCCGUGCCCAAGAGCGCUAUCCGCCUCAUCCACGUGCUCUCAGAUAAUGAGCAAUGUGUGCGCUCUAUGGCGUCUCUGGAGACCAUCGGUCCUCUGAUGAGUGGGAUGAAGAUGAGGGCGGACAUGGCAGGACUGGCCUGUGAGGCGCUCAACCGCAUGUUCCAGAGAGAGCAGACAGACCUCGUGUCUCAGGCCCUCCGAGUGGAGUUGGUGCCGUACCUCCUGCGGCUACUGGAAGGAAUUGGACUGGAGACCUUAGACAACCCCUCGGCCACCAAGGCUCAGAUCGUCAAGGCUCUCAAGUCCAUGACACGCAGUCUGCACUAUGGAGAACAGGUGAAUGAAAUCCUGAAUCGGUCCACUGUGUGGAGUGCCUUCAAAGACCAGAAGCAUGACCUGUUCAUCUCCGAGUCCCAGACUGCAGGGUACAUCACAGGUCCAGGAGACGCGGGCUACCUUACAGCAGGAACCGGCUCCACAGUGCUGCCCAGCAUUCCGCCCCCUGUGGACAAUGACAUUGGAGACUCAGGCUGAAAGACUGACUGACAGGCGGACUGAGAGAGAAGUGCUCAGCCCUCCAGACUGAUCUGCGGCUCCAAGGCUGCAGCUCAGAGACUGCUCAGCUCCACGAAAGAGGGAGGAAGGAGAGGGGCCAUCACAGACUGUCCCCAAAAUGUCUGUCGUCGCCACACCUUCAAAAUGUCACUCUCCUUCCCCCGCCCCCUCCAAACAGCACUCAGUCUUCGUAAAACUGUCUUAAAGCAAAUUAUAAAACUUGUCGUCAACCUUCGAUUUUUGUUUUUGUGCUCCUUUGUGUCUUCUAAUGAGACAACAAAUAGUUUACUUUUGUAUGAAUUUAUUUUUUACUCUUAAUUUUUGUGGAGUAAAAGACAAACAGACUGAAGAUCUAUGUAAAUUUGGACCUGUCUCGCACUCCAUUCUCUUCCUUUCCUCCAUCAUGCCUGGUCUCACUACCCUGCCUGGUCUCACACAUCCUCACACCCCCCAGUCCUGAAGGAGGGUACUCUAUCUGGCCUGGACAUGUGGUCACUGACUGAAAAAAUAUUCACUUUAAUCUCCACUCACCUGUUUACAGGAGGCAUCCAGUCAUGCAUCGAAAACAUUUCCUAAAUUUAUAAUGUUUGUGUCGUAUGGGAAAGGUUGAAAAAAUAAUUGUAAGAAGGAACUCACAGAACUAUGGUGAAUUAAGACUGCCCCUUUUGAAGUGGCCAUAUGUAUGUGUUCGUUGUCUGUUUGUCUUACCCUCACCAUGAUUAUCUUAAUCCAUACUUUGCUCUGCUCACUAUCUAUUUGAAGGUUGUCCUUUCUGCGGCUGCUGAGAAUCUUUUUCUACGUCAUUUUCCUUCCCCAGAAUGCAAAAAGCACUCUAAUAUUUAUAGGUAAAUAAUGGCCUUUACCAACUGAAAUGAGCUUCUGCUAAGACAUUUGGAAAGAAACUGACUCUGAUUAUACAUCUGUGAAAGACUAGUGCAAUUGGGAAAUGUUCGAUGUAUUACGACGUAUAUAAGCUUUCUAUAUUGAAUGUACAUAAAUAAAACAGUUGCACUUGUACAUAAGAUUUUAAGAAUAAAAGGGAACCCACAAUGUUGUUCUUUUCAUCAGAA